AUGGCGCGGAGCGGCCGGGCGCUCGGCAGGGCGCUGGCCGGCGGGCUCGCCGCCGCCCCGCCGCCGCGCACGGCCGCUGUCAGGCACUUGGCUUCUUGUGGUAUUCUGAUGACCAGAAUUUCUCCUUUGCAAGUACCUGUAAUGAGCCAUACCUUUUCAAGAACUUUCUUCAACAUUGCUGCACCACUAGUAAACAAAAGAAAAGAAUAUUCUGAAAGAAGAAUUAUAGGGUAUUCUAUGCAGGAAAUGUAUGAAGUUGUUGCUGUUGUGGAGAAUUACAAACUAUUUGUUCCUUGGUGUAAAAAGUCAGAUAUAUUAUCGAAGCGCUCUGGAUACUGCAAAGCACGGCUAGAAAUAGGAUUCCCUCCUGUAGUAGAGAGGUAUACAUCAGUUGUUACCCUAGUGAGACCACAUUUAGUUAAGGCAUCCUGCACAGAUGGAAAACUAUUUAAUCACUUGGAAACAGUGUGGCGUUUCAGCCCAGGUAUCCCUGGUUAUCCAAGGACAUGUACAUUGGAUUUUUCAGUUUCUUUUGAAUUUCGUUCACUUCUACACUCAAAACUUGCUACGCUAUUUUUUGAUGAAGUGGUAAAGCAGAUGGUAGCUGCCUUUGAACGAAGAGCAGCCAAACUCCAUGGCCCAGAAACCAGCAUACCUCGGGAGCUAAUGCUUCAUGAAGUUCAUCACACGUAAAAGGGAAAAUUGUAACAGCCUCUGUUAUAAACUUGUUUGUACACUUCAUUCGUACAAGAGGUGCCAUGCUCCUCCUUUGGGGCAUCCAUUUCAUAUCUGAGCUGUGUGUGGGAUUUUAUACUGUACAAAACACACCUGUUCAGCCAGAUGUAUAUAGAAUGUUCAAGCUGCAAUCAAGUGCAACUUAAAGUGUUAUUGUAAGACAGUUGGCAGCUGCUGUAACACGAGAUAUCUCAGGCUGCUGUUUAUUAACUUGCCAAAUGGUUUGUGUAAUCAUAGUGUAAGUUCUGCCUUAUCCAAGCUUAUGGGUUUUUUUCAGCAUUGUAAUGUAUUAACUCAAGUUUAAGUUAUUAGUAGUGUGAAUGUAACUUAACAGCAUCAACUCAGCCAACUCUGGCCAAGCGGAGGGAAACUGAUGUUCUGGCCUUGGGGAGUACGAACAGUUUGUUGAGCAUCAGGUAGCAGGUGCUUUUAAUCCGAGUGAAUGACAAGGGUAUGUCCGGAGUCUCCAGCUGCUGUUGAAUUCGGACCAGCAACUGCAGUAGAAAAAACAACACAGCCUGAACACUCCUGAGUUUGCAUGUGUUAAACGUAAGAGGUACACGCAACGUAAGUACUAUCAUUUGAGUGCAGCAGUUUCAGCUCUAGCCAGUGGUUCUUACCUGUCUGGGCUCCAGCCACUGUUGAAUUUGUAGUACGUCUGGCAGGCUGAGCUUGCCUACCUGCCACUGUUUCACCGUUACACAUCGCAGUUAGGUUACAGCAGAUGCAUCUCAUCUAAUGCAAACAGUUCCCAGUUCCAACACAACUUUAAACCACGUAAAUAAGCGUUACCUCUUUGAGAACUAGGGCACGGAUGCACAACAUUCUGUACCACAGUGCUGUCCUCCCUGGAAGGAGGGAACAAGCUGUCCUCCGCUUACUGCAGACAAGCACACCCAAGGCCAGUUGUCAUUAAAAAACAUACAAUAGAGUGCUAAACCUCAGUUCUUAGGGUUUUUUCAGUACCGUACUACCAUUUCAUUCUCAGGCCAUUACAAUGGUACCAGCUGUCUUGAUUAAAUUCAUUUUCAGUA